AUGGGAUGUUCGAAGACUAGAUGGAAAUGUAUCCAUAAUGGAGAAUGCUCACAAGAGUUUUACUAUAAAAUCCACACUUUUGUAGGCGGAUUAGAAAUUUCUGUUGAGGAUAUAGACCCAAAUCCUACAUCUUCUAGAGUCACUUUAUUCGAUGAGCAAACAAUAUCUUUUCCACGCUUGGUUAUUCUAAGACCAAAAGGAAUCAAUCAUUUAAAAGAAAUUAAAUCAAUUGAACAAAUCUCAAAGUACAGAAAAAAUAAAUCCUUGGAUGAAUUUGUUGAAAUUUAUAAGGAUUUAUAUUCUGAGCCUUUGAGUAUUGAAACUAAACAGCUUUAUGAUUUUACCAGUAAUUGUAUUUUUGAGAUAUUAUCAGAAGAAGAUAUUCCUCUUUUAACUGAGCUUAGAAGCUUAUAUGGACCUCCAGAAUUUUUGAAUUCAGAAAAUAAUAUUGAUGGAAAUAUUAUAGGAAAUGUACUUGAAAAAGAUGAAAGUGGUAUACUUAUAAUUAAUCCUUGGGACUCACCAAUGAGUCAGUGGGGAGAUAGUCCUUCACAUCGCAAUUCAAUGAGAAAUGAGACUAAUAUACCUUUUCAUAGCUCAGAACUACACAAAACAAACUCUAGUCAAAAGCUUGAUGCAAAUCAGGCAAGUAUAAUUGGAAGCCAAGGCUUGGAUUUUUCUGGCUUUUCUAUAGCUUCUAUAAAAGCCUUGGCAAUUUUUGGUAUUUUAUUUGUUUUUGAAGAACCUUAUUUGUUGGUUUCUACUGAUGGGGAUAUAUCAAGUGUGAUUUACCAAAAUGGAGCUUACAAAACAAUUAACAGAGUAACCAAAUCUUUAGCAAUUCCUUUAUUUUCAAACUCUAUAGAAACCCAGUUCUUCAAUUUAGAUCAUCCAACAACAAGUCAGAAUGAAAAAGAUACUCUUAAAUUAACUACUGAGUUCUCUAAAAAACAGUCUGAACUUGUAGUUGAUCAUCUCAAGGCUGGUAAAAACCAACAAGAUAUUAAAACAAGCAAAUCUAGUGAGAAAAUAGAGUGGAUUAAUAGGGUUUCUUCAACAUUGCAAAAACUCUCUCCAAUAAAAGGAAAUAAGGAAUCAUUUUCGCUUCUGACUGAAUCAGGAGCUAAUUGGAUAAGUAACUCUCUUAUCAAUGUAUCUUCGGGAAUAUUAAGUACAGUCUCCACUGCACUUUCAAAUUCAAUUAAUAUACAACAAAGUAACCCAAUAUUAAGUACUAGUAGUUCACCAACAAAUUAUUUAUCAAAAGACCUUUCUUUUAGUUCUAUUGAAAAUUUAUCAAAAACAAAAGACUCAAAUUCACCCCUUUCUUUGGAAGAGCUUCUAAUUGAGAGAAGGAGCCAUUUAGAAAGGCUUAUUGAAGGGGUUACAAAAAUGAUUUCUUUAGGAGGGUUUUUUUACAGUUUUGAUCUGGAUAUUACACAUACUCUUCAAACAAAGUUUGAAAAUUCCUGGAUUGAUCACAAAGAAAGAGUGGGAACUUUAGGUGAAAACGGAGAAACUCUUUCUGAAAUGAAAAACAAAGCUUAUAUAAUUACUGGUGACUCUAGGUUCAUUUGGAACAGAAAUAUCUCUCUUCCAGUUCUCAUUUCUGGUGUAGAUCCUCGGUGGAUAACUCCUCUAAUACAAGGGUAUUUUUGUAAUCAAGCUAUAGUUAUCUCCCCUGAAGGUCCUGGAUAUAUUAAAAUUGGUCCUGAUAUUCUUUCUCUUAGAAUGAAUCUCAUCAACUCUUUUACUGAUCUUGAUGAAUUAUUUCCCCAAAUUAAUAAAAGCACCAAUUCAGCUACAUGUGAACAAAAAUGUGCAUGUAGUGAUAAUGGAAUGGUUGCAUGUAGACAUAAGUUUGCAUGCAAAAUGUGUUACCGUGAUUAUGUGGACUCAUUAACAAGAUAUGAUAUUGUUUUGAUGUCCAGGAGAUCAUGGGAAAGGGGUGGAACACGCUUUAAUGCAAGGGGUAUAGAUGAAAAUGCAAAUGUUGCAAACUUUGUUGAGUCAGAGUUACAGAUAUGUAUAAACAAUUCUGAUCAUUGGUUUGCAUUUACUCAAAUUAGAGGUUCAAUUCCUCUAUUUUGGGAGCAAACUGGUGUAAACUCUUGUGCAAUCACAUGUUUUGAUCAUGACUAUUCUAGUUAUAUGUUUGAAAAGCAUCAUGUUAAGCUUGUUAAACAGUAUGGAGAGGUUUUUUAUGUUAAUUUAUUGGGUUCUUCAGCUCAUGAACAAGCUUUAAGUUUGGGUUUAAAGAAGGAAAUUAACUAUUAUAAUUUGAAUAUUGAAAGCAAAUAUGACAAUAUUAAAUAUUCUGAGGACUCUGAGACAGGGUUAGUAUGUGACUGCAAAAAAAAACAUGAAUCUAAUCAAGAUGAUUUUUGUUUUUGUAGCUGCAAAGCAAUUCCUAUUGUUUAUACAAACUAUGAUUACCACCAAAAGGUAAAGAAUCAAGGAUUUGAAAGUGCAUUAAAUGAGUACGUUUCAAUUCUAGCUAAAGACUUUGGAGAUAGAAUUGGUUAUUUCCAUGGUGUAUUUUCAAGCUCUAACUCUAAACCUUGUUCUGAAACUACUUCAAGUAAUAACCAAGAACCUGUUUCUUUUGCAAAUCUUUUAGAUCUGGAUGAUUUUGAAACUAGAGAGGAAGUUUUAGAGAAUAGUAACAAUUCAUUAGUGUUAAAAGUUGAUCAAAAGAGUGAACUUGUUAUUAAGAUGAGACAAAAAGGAGUAAUAAGAACCAACUGUUUGGAUUGUUUGGAUAGAACAAAUGCUUUACAGUGGUAUAUAGCAUGGACUUGGUUUGUAGAUUUGAUUUUAUCUAUUUCAACAUGUUCAUUAGAAAGCAAUGGCUUACAAAAUAAGGAAAAAGUUAGUAAUAUAUCUCAAGAAGGUUUUGUUAAAUCUUUACUAAAUAGUCAACUAUCACAUUUUGGAUGGUUUCAAUUAAUUUUAAAUAGUGGUGAAAAGAGUCAAACAGAAGAAACCAAUAUUUUGGAGAUUAUUAAUGGUAAGAAUUUGGAUCAGAUAUUAAUUCCAAAAUCUGUGAACUCUUCUCUUUCCAGUAGCUUAAGAAAUCAGACUCAAAGUAAGGUAAUGAGAUCUCCUCUUACUUUGUCAAAUCCAAUAAUACCUUCUAAAAUAAACAAAGGGGAUUUUGAGACUAGAAGUUCAUCUAUUCAAACAGAAUGUAGAGAUAUUGGACAGAGACAUUUAUUUAUAAUGAAAAAAUCUGCAGGUAAAAAUUAUAACAGCUCUGUUUCAAUAAGUAAUCUUGAUAUGAACAGAAAUAUUUCAACAAUGGAUUUAGAUGAUUACAGAUCCAAAGAAUUUUCACAGUCAAAUAAGAGAAAUUUGUCUUCAUUUGAAAUUUUUAGAAACUGUUUGUUAAAUGGUAUGGGGGUGGUUACUUUGAAGGACUCUUUUAGCUUAUUAUGGGCAGAGAAUGGAGAUGUUAUAAGUGAGCAUUAUACUGGAGCAGGGAGUGUAUUUAGUGGAGUAAUUAAAAAUAGAAAAGUUUCUCUCUCUACAAACCUUGAUCAUGCAGUAAAAUCUUUAAGAAGAUUGUAUCAUAAUACCUUUGAAGAUUCUUCAAGACAACAAUAUAUAGACUGUCUGUUAUAUAAGCAUCCAUCUAACUCAAAUAUACUAGGUCAGACAGAUGAUUUAUUCAAAGGUAAUUUAUCAAAGAAGUCAGUACAAGUCCAGAGUUUACCUGAAUCCUUAAGUUUAAGUUCUAAAGAUUUGAAUAAUGAGAAACUCACUAUUUGGAUUUGUUCCUGGAACCUUGGAGGUCAAACUUUAAAUGUAGGUUUGGAUGCUUGGAUUGAAGCAAACCUACCUAAAAACACUAGUAUUGUUUGUUUUUGUGUACAAGAAAUUGUUGAAUUAAGUAGUGUUCGUGUAAUGUUUAAUCAGAAUGAUAAAAACAGAGAGGCCACAUUUGAAAUGUUGGCUCUUCAGUCUUUAGGAGCUGAUAAAUACGUAAAGCUCCACAGUAUUAGUUUGGUUGGUCUUUUUUGUGUAGUUUUUGUCAGAAGAUCUUUCCACCGUUUUGUUAAAUCUGUGGAGUCAAAUUCAAUGAAACUUGGCCUCAUGGGUAAUACUGGUAAUAAAGGAGCAGUAAUGAUAAGAAUGAAUAUAGAGAGAUACGGAAGUAUUGUACUAACCAACGUCCAUCUGGUCUCUGGAGAACAAUAUAGAGAAGAAAGAAAUUCACAGCUUAAGCUAAUUCUUCAGUCUUCUGUUUUUAAUGAAAUCCCUAAUUUUAAAGGUUUUCUAAGAAGUGGUGCUUCUCUACAAGACCACGAUUUAGUUAUUCUUGCUGGAGAUUUUAACUUUAGAAUUCAGCUUCCCAAACAAAAAGUAAUGGACUUAAUAAAAGAGCAAAACUUGAGUGAGCUACUUAAAUUUGACCAAUUUUUUUUAGAGAAGAAAUCAGAUAAUGAGAUUAUGUCCAAGUUAUUUGAGGGAGAAAUUUCUUUUUUACCAACUUAUAAGUAUAUCAGAGGUGAAUAUAGUUAUGAUCCCUCUAGAACCCCUUCUUGGUGUGACAGAAUUUUUGUUUUAUCAAAAGGUUCCGAAUUAUCUCGUAUAACUGAUACUAGAACUAAUCAACAAGAUGAUUCCUUUGAUUUUAAUUGUUUGAAUGGGUAUACAGUCUCGAUAAUUGACUAUAAAAGUGAUCAAAAAUGUCAGAUUAGUGAUCAUCACCCGGUAUUUGCAGUUAUUACUGUCCAGUUUGAUUGA